GAAAUUCGUGGCGCUGGAGAUGAGUUUCAACAACUAUUUCCGGGUAAACACGGUGACCUUGGAUGGUUUUUCUACACCAUGGCGGCGCUUGUCAGGUUAAGUUCUGUCUGUCACAGAGGUGUUAAACCUCUGUUUCUCAGAAAUUCUCUCCUUGUCCGACCUCUGGUGGCUCAUAACCAGAGCAGUGAUCGCCCCUCCCUGUUGGCAGCGCAAAUACAUGUGUCUCCUCCUCAAUACGCAGCAAGUGGGUCCAAGGCAGCAUCUCUGCACUGGACAGGGGAGCGUGUUGUGAGCAUACUCCUGCUGGGCUUGGGGCCGGUCGCCUACCUGUACCCUGGCCCCGUUGUGGACUACUCUCUGGCAGCUGCGCUCACUCUGCAUGGCCACUGGGGCAUUGGCCAGGUGCUAACGGACUAUGUUCAUGGAGAUCUGAAGAUAAAGGUGGCGAACACCGGCCUCCUCUGCCUGUCAGCAGUCACCUUCGCCGGCCUCUGCUACUUCAACUACAACGACGUGGGCAUCUGCAAGGCCGUGGCCAUGCUGUGGAGCUUGUAAACGAUGGACUGGCAGGGCCGCAAAGCAGGCUGGGACGAGGACACGCGCCAUCCCGUUCCAGCUGAUUGUAAACAUUCAAGGGAUUAUGUGUAAAUUCUAUAAAUAUAUGCGUUUCGUUGGGGGGAGGGAAAAAAACGGUGAUCUGCAAUUAUUUUUAAUUGUGAUUCAUGUUGAUCCAGCAUUUCUGAUUUCUUUUCCCUUAAAAUUUUGUUUUUAAUUUUAAGUUAUGAAGGUUCACAGCAGGAGUUCCAGGUCCUUUUCUGGCAUACCGCUGUUGUCUUCCAGCUCAUCUGUGAUGUAUGAUUGGGAUGAGAGGAAGACCCCCAUAUCUGUACUGUAACACACUAACUCUAACCUUUACAUAUGAAGAAGUAAUCAUUCAGCUCUUCUGUGUGCAUAAAAAUGGUUUAAUGCCAAUAUUCAAUACAGGCUUCACCCUCCCAGCAAAGAAACCUUACUAAAGCUGGUGUCAUGUGGAAUUUAAUAACCAAUUUAAUAACCAACCGAAUGCUUGCAGUUAAAAAAAAUAUGGGAUAACAUAUUCAGCUUUUCCCUGAAAUUGGAGUAUUCAGAGGCCUCUGCAUCUGUUCCCACUGGGUUUUUGCCCCCUUAAUUUAUUUUUAAGAGGCUUUCUGCAUGUUUAGUUUUCUAUUGCAAGUGGUUUGUAUAAGCUGUACAUAAUUUAAACCACUGGUGUAUGUGUCAGGUAGUUGCCAGAGGCUGAUGUGCCACAAAGACACCAGAGAUCCCAUGUAGUUGGUGUUGUUUUGACUGACUGGAGGGGACGGGAGAUGGGCAGAGGGGGCAGUAUUUGACUAUUGCACUGUUAUCCUUUUUGUGCUCGUUGUCUUACUGCUAAAUAAAUAUACACUGUAUUUUGCAUAAAGAUGAGCUAUGGUGUGUCGGUGACCUAUGGCAAUACACGCAUAUGCAUAUAAGCUGCUCUUCACAGUUUUUUCUUAUAGCCAGGAACUUAAGCCAGCAUUAGCGAGAGGUAUGUGUAAUGUAUUUUAUUGUAACAUCAAUUCAGCGCCUUUGUGUUCUCCCUGGUCAGUGUGGCGAAUAAAUAAUGGAAAGUGGAAAGCAGUCUUGGCAAACAUUUGGGUCUUGGAGCUUUUUUAACCCCCAUAUUCAGGGCCUGGGGCCGAUCACAGCUCCACAGAACCGUGGCAUGGAGGUUUCAGCAGCGGAUAGCCUUAUUGCACAUUCCUAGGUCAAGGUUACGCACAAAUCUGAGCAUUUUUUUACCAAAUCAUUUCUGAAAGACCGCAGUCCCCCCCCUUUGGUUCUUCACUGUGAAAACCUGCUCAUGAAAAAAUGUGUAUGAAAAAUAUCUUUAGACUUGUCCUACUGUAUGUCAGUUUGUGAUAAGUUCCACCGUCCAUGUUCGAGGUCGUGUGGGUAAUGCUUUUUGUGUGCUGUUCUUUUGGAUCAGUUUAGAAAUGAGCCAUGUAAUUGGGGAGAAAUGGAAAAGAAACGUUUUCCCUUUCACAUUUUUCCUAAUUUCAGUGCUGUAUUCUAAAAUUAAACCGACAGACAUUGAGACCGUUGCACCAGUCAAUGUAUUUAAUUUAUUUUAUCAAAUUUGUACAUGCAGCUUGACUAUACAUGUAGUGGAGCCCUCUUCAGAAUAAAGUUGGUCUUACUCAUGGA